AUGCCUGGCAAAAAGACGGCGCAGGCUGUUGAUAUCGAUUUCACCCUUCGCAAAGUCUUUGGCAAGUUCAGCUUCCGGCCCCUGCAAAGGGAAGUCAUCACCACUGCAUUACAAGGGGAAGAUGUCUUCCUGCAAGCUGCGACUUCGUUUGGGAAGAGUCUUUGUUUCCAACUACCAGCUGUUGUAGACUAUGGCAUUACCAUAGUCGUCUCCCCACUUCUCGCGCUUAUGAACAACCAAGUCGCCGCCCUCCGCCGUGCCAAUAUCGAGGUCGCCACAAUCAACAGUACUACGCCCGCCUCAGCAAAGGCCGAGAUUCUUGCUGAUCUGCAAUGCGGUCAUCCGCUGACUCGCCUUCUCUAUGUGACUCCCGAGUAUUGCAUGCUCGACUCCUUCCGCCGCAUCCUCCGUAUCAUUCACUCCCAGCGGGAGCUAUCGCGCAUCGCCAUCGACGAAGCUCACUGUAUCAGCGAAUGGGGCCAUGACUUUCGUCCUUCCUUUCAAGGCCUGAGCUACUUCAAACGGGAGUUCCCAGAUGUGCCAGUGAUAUGCCUCACCGCGACGGCAACAGCCAGAGUCAGAGAGGACAUCAUCAGGACGCUGGGUCUUGACGCACGAAAACUAAAGCUCUUCGCAAUGACUACCAGUCGGCCGAACCUACACUACGAAGUCCGCUUCAAGAGCGACGAAGAAGACCAUUACGAUGACUUCCUCAAAUGGCUAAAAGCCGCCCACAAGCGACGCGCCUCCCAACCGGCGCGGGCCUCCCAGCUCUCUCAGCUCAACGAACGCACCGACGCCGUCUCCGGCAUAAUCUACGUCCUCUACCGGCGCGACUGCGAGGCUCUCGCCUCUCAACUCUGCCACGACGGCAUCGGCGCAAAACCCUACCACGCCGGCCUCCCCAACGACAAGAAGGACGACCACCUCGCGGGGUGGGUAUCCAACAAAGUGGGCUACGAUGUGAUCGUCGCGACCACCGCCUUCGGCAUGGGCAUCGACAAGGAGAACGUCCGCUUCGUCGUGCACUGGCAGCUGCCCAAGAGCUUCGAGGGCUUCUACCAAGAAGCCGGACGGGCGGGCCGCGACGGCAGGGCGAGCGUCUGCAUCAUGUACUACGGGCGCGAAGACCGCGACCGCGCGGCGAGCAUGAUGGCGCGGGAUGCGGCGCGGCAGGAGAACAACAAGAAGGGGGCAGCGGGGGGCGCGCCGCAGGUGGCGCGGGCGAAGAGCUUGCAGGCGCUCGUGCAGUACUGUGAGGAUGUGACGCACUGUCGGCACCAGCUUAUUGCGCAGUAUUUUGGGGAAUUGGGGCCGCCGUGGCCGAGGUGUGAGUGGGCGUGCGAUUAUGACAAGAAUCCGAAGGCGUUGGCGAAGGCGAAGGAGGAGGGGCUCGCGAGUGAGGAGUGGUGCUCGACGCAGAGGGAGAGGGGCGCUUAUGUUGCGGACGAUUAUGAUUAA